AUGGAUAUUACUGAAGAAUACGAAGAGUCGACAGAGGUGCUACCAUUUUUUCCCAGAUACGACAGCGAGACGAUCUGUCAGGAUAAACUUCGUGUCACCUGGUUUGAAAUUGAUUUCUCUCAAUCGAGGUACAACUUUGAAAAUAAAGUGUGCGGCAGCAAUGCAUGUACUCUUAUUGUGCUUCUAGUAGCAGCAAUCUGUAAUCGGGAAAACGUGCAAUGCUUUGGCCCUAACAAACAAAUUAAUUACUAUGUGAUCCGAGCACUGGGAAGAGCCAUGCUAUAUGGAAAUGAGAUUCAUGCUGUAUUGAAGGACAAGGGGUCCCUGGAAAACAUUAAUUUAACUAUACCAGAGGCAAUUCGGUUUUCUGGCAAGAAAGUGAGCGGCAUCAAAGAAUGGAAAAGCGUGCUGUAUAUGCAAUCAUUGAUCAACACACUUCACGUGAAUUUAAAUGCGCAUUGGAAUGAAUGGAAAAAGUCGGCGCAUAGUAGGAAACACGCAGAUCUAUAUAUAGUUCUAAUAUCGGAUUCAAGAAGUGUACUUUUUAUAAUCAAUGACAUACAAGGAACUGUGACUUUGGUGGAUUCUCAUCAGCACACGACAACCAAGGGAGCGUUAGUAGCCGCAGUAAAUCAGGACAACUUACGAUGUUUGUGCGCUUGGCUCUCGCACAUCAUGUUCAAGUAUCACCACACCUUACCAAAUCUUUACGAGUUGUCAUUCCUAUAUUUUCGAAAAAAGAGAAAGUAGACCAUCAACAGUUAUAAAAUCUCUUAAUAAAGCUUUGAAU